AUGAAAUCAGAAGGCGAGCUUACACGUAAACACAAAACUCUGCCAUGGAGUCCACUGUACUGUGUCCUGCAGCAAGACGAGCAAUCAUUUACGGCAUAUUGCAGUGAGGAGAUAUCGAUAUUCCCGGCUACACCUAAAAAAGAGUUGACAGACGUCCUCUUCAAUGAGUACCCACGCGUACGGCUGGAUCGUGUGCGUCGACCCGCAAAAGCUUUGUGGGACGGUCCGCCGACGUUGCGUGAGGAACCGGAGGACUCAGAUACAUGUCCCAUGGAUAUAGCGAUGAAUACGACGCUCUACAGUGAAUUAGGUAAGUGA